UCACUCUAUCCCAAGGCUGCAAGUUGCCUCCUGUACAUAGUGUCGCAAGAUGUGAAUAAUACCAACGCCCAAUCACUAGCUUUAGGUUUUUUUUUUCCCGGGCGGGGCCGCGCACUGCGUUCUGUCAGAGCUCUUACUCCCUGGGGCCGCGGGAACGCGCACCGUGCCUGCGCAGUGCUGGAGAAGGGGAAGUACAAUAAUAUCCCAAGAUGAAAAGAGGGCGUUCGAUAUCUGAUCCGCCGGACCUUCAGUUCAAACCCUUGGUAGUGAUAGAGCUUGCAAAAGAUGCCAAGGCAGAGACCAAAGAAUGGCUCAUUAAGAAAAUUAUGGACAAGAAGAAAGAUGGAGGUUGCCAGCUGUUAGUCAAAUCAUUUGUCAUAUCAGAAGAGGAUGAAACGAUUUUCCUUGUUGGUGCUUCAAUGAAGCGUUUGCUUCUAGGCGCAGAGGCCCUGGGGCUGGUGAAGGAAUGUGAGGAUGGUUAUAUGAGGCCUUUCAUAUACAACAAUCGGAAGGAAUAUAAAAAUUUUAUAGAAGGCGACGAGGACUUUCUCACCAUGGCAGAAUACCAGUAUAUCAUUAAACAUGACCUGGAUAAUCUUCGAGCUCGAGAUGAAAAAAGUAUUCCUGGCUAUCCACAGGCAAAGCUGUACCCAGGGAAAUCUAUUUUUCGAAGACUACAGACAAGUGGUGUUAUUGUUCAGGUUUUUCCACUUCACGAUAAAGAAGAUUUAAAAAGACUAACUCAUCGAUGGUACCGCCAAAUCAGGAUUGCUUUUCAACCAAUAGAUCAAAUCAGACGGUACUUUGGGGACACGAUUGGUUUAUACUUCGGCUUCUUAGAAUAUUUCACCUUGGCCCUAAUUCCAAUGGCUCUCAUUGGAGUUCCCUACUACUUUUUUGCCUGGGAGGACUAUGAUAAAUAUGUAAUUUUUGCUACAUUCAACCUGGUGUGGUCUACUGUUAUUCUUGAGAUCUGGAAGCGCUACAGUUCAGCUAUGACGUACAGAUGGGGUACACUGAUAAUGAAGAGAGAGUUUGAGGAACCCAGGCCAGGAUUUCAUGGAGUCUUGGGUAUUAAUCCAAUUACAGGCAGAGAGGAACCAACCUACUCUAGUCUGAAGAGAACACUACGGAUUUACCUAGUUUCUGUGCCUUUUGUAUGUGGUUGCCUUUACCUUUCCAUUUAUGUCAUGAAGAUCUAUUUUGACUUAGAAAAUCUGGCUCUGGAAUACAACCAGGAGGAGCAGUCGACUUUUAGCAGCCUUUUACUUUUUGUGCCUAGCAUCAUCUACGCUGUUGUCAUUGAAAUCAUGAAUCGUAUUUACAAAUAUGCUGCAACACAUCUAACAUCUUGGGAAAAUCAUAGGUUAGAAUCAUCUUAUCAGAACCACCUGGUGCUCAAGGUCCUAGUGUUCAACAUAGUCAACUGCUUUUCAUCGCUCUUCUACAUAGCAUUUGUCAUGUGUGAUUUGAAGCUGCUACGCCAGAGUUUGGCCACCCUGCUCAUUACCUCCCAGAUCCUAAACCAGUUUGUGGAGUCCUUGCUUCCUUACUGGAUGCAGAAAAGAUCUAACAAGAAAAUAAAGAACAAGGUGAAAUCCUUGAAGAUUGACACAGAGUUUGCAUUAUUGGAGCAAAUUCACCUGGAGAAACAAAUGGAUGCUUAUCAGGGCACGUUUGAUGAUUACUUGGAGCUAUUCUUACUGUUUGGCUACGUGAGUCUCUUCUCCUGUGUCUACCCACUUGCUGCCGUUUUUGCAGUACUUAACAAUCUCACGGAAUUGUACUCGGAUGCACUAAAAAUGUGCCGUGUUUUCAAACGUCCGUUUUCUGAGCCCUCGGCCAGCAUUGGAGUGUGGAUGUUGGCUUUCGAGACCAUGGGUAUCAUAGCUGUAAUUACCAAUUGUACUCUGCUUGGGAUGUCCCCACAAGUCAAUGCAAUGUUUCCAGAUUCUAAAAUGGACCUUAUUCUGACCGUGGCAGCAGUAGAGCAUGCUCUGUUGGCGCUGAAGUUUAUCCUGGCGUUUGUAAUCCCUGACCAAUCAUAUGACAUUCAAGUGAAAGUUGCUAGGUUGGAAUUUGAGUCUAUGGAAGCUCUCAAGCAAACACAGCAAAUGAAGCUUUCUUCUGACUCCGUCACAGAGGACACAGAUGCUAUAUAUUCUUGAAGAGAGUAUAUUGUUUUGCCCCUACGUAUUUGCACUCUUCAGUUAUUUUACGAAGAAGAUAGCGUUUACUUCUCCUUUCACCUACACCAAAACUAUCGCCAUGAUUCUCAGGAUGCAAUGUAUCAUGAUUUCCAUUACACUGUCUUUGACGAUUUUUCUGAGCAUUCAUUGAAUUUGAUUUACUGUUGGGUUUCUGUACCUCCAAUUUUUAGAGUACAGGCACACUUUGGCACACAUUACCAGUUAAUCAGGAAUUCAUUAUUUCGAUUAACCCACCUGCCCUAAAGGCACAGAAGCCUGUAAAGUCGCCACUAUUAUGUAUGGAGGCUGGUGAACACUGAAAACCCAUACCUUAUCAUUGGGUGACUAUAUUUACUCUUAAGGGCUGUAGACAGACUGAGUUGGUAUUCUUUGUGACGCUUAUUGCUAAUUUGUCAGUCAUGAAUAAUCCUAAAGGUUUGGGAGAAUUAUAUUUAUAUCUUGCAGAACGGGCACAUUAACGUACUGACUUGGUGGAGGUUGAGCAUAUGAAACAUUGAACCAUCUCUAUUUUCUUUCUUUUUUUAAUGUAACCUGUAUUGUUAUGCAGUGUUUAUCAUUGUUUUUACUGUAUUCAAGGCACCAGCAUCUUAAAACAUGGUUCCUAAUGGCUUGUUAUCAGCAUUAAUUUUAAGUGCAACAGUGUAUGUUUCUUGUGUGUAUGUUAAAUAAAUAUCUCCGUUAAGCAGUGUA